UGGUAACACUGAAGAAGAAAAAAAGCUGGACCCUCCCCCUUUCUUUCUCUCGCUCUCUCUCUCUCUCUCUUUCUCUUGCCCCUCUGUCCUUCCAUACAGAGAGAGAUGAUCGGAGGAGCGGAGUCUCAGUGAACAGAGCGAAGCGAUGGAGAGAUGCUCCAUCUCUCCUGUCGCACGACUGACUGCCCUCCGCUGCCUCAUCUCCCUCCUCCUUAUUGCUCUGGUGACACAGCCCUCCACCUGUAACCGUGACGACAGCGAGGGCGAGGAGGAUCAGGUGGACACCCUGUCGGUCCAGCUGUCUGUCACAGCCCAGGUCACACCCACUCCUCUGUGGGCGGUUGUCUGGGGUCCCACGCAACCUCUGGAGGAUGAGACCUACCACUUUCUCUCCAGCCAGGAACCUGACCCCCUGCACCCGCACGGGAGCCAGCAGGAGGACAGCUCCGCCAUAUCUGUGAAUUGGCCUUUUCCCAGUUCAAGCAUGCAGCCAGGAGAGGAGGCACCGCUCGAGUCUAGAGACCAGGAGGGAGCGGACGAUGGAGAAAUGGAGGUGGAGCCUGAGGAAGUGGACCCUCAGUUUUAUGUCACUGUGACCAUCUCCUCCCUGCUCAUACUGACAGCAGUCAUCAUAACAGCAAAACUCUGUUAUGAUCGCAGCUGUUCCCAGCAUCCGCCCCCGCUUUCCCGUGGCGUGGCUCCCCCCCUCUCCCUUGCGCUCCCUCGCUCCCUGGGUUCGGAGGACAGCCGGCAGACGCUACACAGCACCUCCUCCUCCUUCACCGACAGGGAGAGGAUCCCAGUAGUGAACCUCUGAGGUGACUGUUUUUCCAUAUGGUAAACAUUUCUACAAGGCCUGAGGAGGAACAUCAACACGAACCAGAGGGUGUGCCCGCAGCGUCGUUUUAUUUUCUCUGAAACUGUGAAAUGAAUUCAGGGAUCCCAGGUAUCCAGCCAUCACAAAACUCCUUGGCUCCCCUGAGGUCUUAAAAUCAUCUCCCUGCUGCUCCCUCCCUGGUUCCUUCCUUCCUCCCUUCCUCUAUGCUCUGUGCUAAUUUCUUUUAUGUGGCUCUGCAUCACUGUAACCUGCUCCUUGUUUUCCAUCCCCUGUAUGGCCCCAAGCUCUGCCAAAAUACCCAACCGCUCUGUGUUUCGACCUGCCUUGACUAAUUGACAAACAGGCAGUUUAACAGCCAUGCAGAAUCUCAUUACCCAUGAAAUGCCCUACCUGUGCUUCCACAACUGUUUCCAAUAACUCAGUAUUAGCUCUAAUGCAGCCGACUGUUCUUUCACUCAUUUUCAGUUCAGUGUAGCAGCCUCGUAUCUGGCGGGUAUAGUGUUAAAAAGCCUUUCACAGCAUCUCCAAACACUGAACGGGGUAUUUCACAAAGCUCAUUGGCACAGCUCUGGCCAACAGGCAAUGUGUUUAACAUGUCACGCUCCAAAAACUGCUGUUUAUCCCCCCGCUUUGGGCGCUUGAAAUGCAAAUAGUGUGGAUUUUUCCCUCUGCAGAGUGUGCAGGAGUCUGUUUUGUUUAGUUUUUUUUUUUCCCUCAUGAUUUGUUCUCUUAAUUAUGUGGCUGACGUUCACCCCUUUGUGGAGCACCCUUUGUUCCUGCUGGACUGUGUAGAGGUGUGUUAGGCAUAGAGAACCUCCACUGGUGGAGAUUUAAAAAAAAAAAAAAAAAAAAAAAAAACAUAAAGCAAAAGGGGGUUGGAUGGAAGAGACAUUCCUGUUGAAAAUCAAUGUUUCCCAAAGGUUUCGGAUUGCACACAACAAAGACAGAUUUAUUUCGUCAUGGAAAUGAGCAUCUGUGAACUGUACGCGAGAUCAAAGGACUGACAAGUACCACAAAAAGGAUUUUAUUUUCAGUGGACAGCCUAGAAUCUUAACUUGGAAAACAAAACCACAAAAAUCUUGCUUCAUAUCAGCAUCAAAAAACUACAUAUCCAAAGGAAAGAAGUACAUCAAGGAGCAUCUUCUCUGCCUCUCUGAAUCUGCAUGUAUAUAGUAAGAAAACUUGUAAGAGUCGCUUCAAAUCUAUAAUUUAUAAAUGUCUAUUUUAUCUAUCAGUGAAUUAAAUCUUAAAGAAUCUUCUGAAGCCAAAUGUCAGGUUGCAUUUUGCAACUUUUCGGAGCAUCUUUGAGACAUGAAUCCCCUCCAGUUACACACAUUUCCACUACAGACAUAGUGCUGGUGGCUUCAUGCGUGGCUCGUGUAAAAACCUACAGAUAUAAAGUCUUGUGAUUUUUAGUAGCAUUUCUGUAUAAAUGUGGUCUUUCUGUACCAUGGAAGUUCAAUAAAGACUGGCGUUUUA